GUACUACUGUCCGUCUAGUGGAGGACUGGAACACAGCUGCGGAAGAGAUGCGGAAGAUUGAGGGCUUCGGUCGCUUCCUACUCCCCCCCUUGGUUUUCGAUCUCCAAGAUGCGGCUCGUGAAGGGCCCAUUAUCGUGCUCGUUGCAAACAAGUCGUCUUGCCAUGCCAUCAUUAUCCCGCACAGGCAACCUCCGACUAGCAUCCAACUUCCUACCAAUUUUCUGAAACUCAUGCUAUUGUUGCACGCACUGCGAUAGUCCGCCCUGUGGUUGACAAUCUAGGCAGAGUUGCAAAACCUGGGUCGCGAAUGUGGUGGUGCCAAACCUCGUUCUUCAACUUCCUCCCUUUGCAGCUAUACAUUUCUUCCUACACCCAUCGCUCACCGCGCUGAUCAAGGCUCGCGGACGUUAUGACAGGUCCCUGCCAGUGUCCUUUGCUGUCAUUGGUCAGAACCACCCACCACGCCAUUCAUAUCC